AUGUGCUUGGUCUCGCCAGGGAAACGGGGCGGGCGGGGGCAGCUAACACCAUUGCCCGCCCCCGCCUCUAUUCCUCGUCUUUGCCCCGACCCGUUGCCCCGCCACCCUAUCUCCGCCUUGUCUCCGCCAGCUGUACAGCCUGCCCCGGGCCCCACGGAACCUGCACCGCCUCCACCGCUGGCCCCACAGUGUUCCAUGGGCAGCCAUGACGCGCCCGCGUCCCAUGGACGGCCUACUGUCGUCCACACGUCGUCCUCGCCGACGAAGCAGCGGUCCCGGGAUGGCCGGGCCCCGUCUCCUCCACCAUCACUUCUGCAGCCUAUUGGUGGACGGGCUUCCGCGCCGCCCACCCAUCUGCGAGUCUCAGCCUCGGUCCCGCCCCGUCAGCCCAUUCCUAGCUCGUCUGAUUCCCCUGCGCCGUCACCUCCGCCGCAGCACCCAGAGUGGUUUCCCGCUAGCCAGCGCCCGCUUCUCUGGGUGAGAGACAUUUGCUCAGGGGCCCGUUUUCUGGUGGAUUCCGGGGCAGAGGUGAGUGUGGUUUUGGCAGCGGUCACUGACCGCCGCGCCCAACCCCGUACGGCGUACGACCUUCUGGCCGCCAACCGCACCCCGAUCGCGACGUAUGGGACCCAGACGCGUCGCGUGGCACUCCUGCCUGGCAGCCGUUUCCGGGUGGGCAUUUGUGGUGGCGGACGUGGAGCAGGCAAUCCUGGGGAUAGAUUUUCUCGCUGCUCACGACCUCCUGGUGGAUCCACGCCGCAGAUGCCUCCUACACGAGCCCUCGGCCACUAUCAUCCACGCGGAGCCCUGCGCGCAGCCGACGCCGUCCCUCACCACCCUCCGCCAAGCGACGCAGUUCGAGGCCCUCCUCCAGGAGUUUCCCCUCCUUACAUCCCCACAGUCCGCCCCGCCUCGGGUCCAACACGGGGUACAGCACUCCAUCGUGACAACUGGUCCCCUGUGCUUCGCUCGGCCCCGGCGGCUGCCCCCGGAACGUCUUCACGCUGCGCGCAAGGAGUUUGA